AUGCUCUCCUUCCUCCGAGCCACUCCUCCCCCUCGAACAAACACCGCCAGCCACAACCCCAUCACAUACGAGGGUGGUAUCGCGUCCGUUGAGUUCCACGCACCUAAUUCCAAGUACAUAAUGACCCACCAACUCCCUCCAAAUGCAUCUGGGAAAGAGCCAUCAAUUCUGCAGCCUCCGUUUCACCUCCACAUCUACCAAAUCGAAUACUUCAAUCUCCGUUCGGGGACAGGCAAUUUCUACCUUGGACUUGAUCCAAAACCAUUCGUAACAGUAUCCGAAGAACCAGAUGCUCCAAAGACAGUCACGAUCCCGGCAGGGAGGUACCAUCGGUUUGAAAAUGCCUCGGAGACAGAAAAAUUGGUUCUUGAUAUUCACCUGACACCGGAAGCGUAUGAGAACGAGCAAAAGUUCUUUAGAAACUUCUUCGGGUAUUUGGAUGAUUGUAAGAAGUCGAAGACGGCGCCUAGUCUUUUCCAAUUGCUUGUUUUCUUGCAUAGUGCGGAUACGCCGUUGGCAAUACCAUUGCCCAACGAACGGUUGGGGGUGAUUGUUAGUCGGAUCUUUCUUAUUGUGGUUGCGUUUUGGGGAAAAUUUAUGCUGGGGUACAAGGAUAGCUAUCCAGAAUAUUACGAGGAGGGAAAAUCGAAGUAA